AUUAGUUUAUCGUUUACUCAAUAUAUGAAUUGUUUGAAUACCAGUAAUAUAUGAUUGAAUCUAAACCUAAACUGAAAUGAAUAACAAAAAUAUGACAAUCAAUGGAAACAAUAAUAAUAACAAUGUUUUGCAAACAAUGACCACUUAUUUGACUCCUUUGGGCUCAAAGUCGACCUCAAACAAUAGCGUCAAACAGAGCUCAUCGGGCAGUGAGACGGAUGUGUCGACCUCGACGUCCACCGAAAACCUGUCGCCCGAAGAGCGGUAUGUCCUCCGCAGUGGUGUCCGACAGGAACCUCAGGGCGAGGAGACAAUGCUGUCCAUCGGGUCCGGUGUGGACGCCAUGUCUCUCAACAAUACUCUUAUCAUUCAUCACAACAAAUCCAUCGAUGGUUUGCAUUACCCGUCAGUUUCGCCACUCCUUUACGGCCACAGAAUUAAUAACCAAAUCAAUGAUAACAACAUUCAUAUCAACAAUAAUCUGAAUAAUUGUAAUAACAAUCUAAACGAUGCGACAAAUAAAGUGCAAUCAAUGGGUGCCAUGACUUCAGCGCAAUUGGGAUCUCUGCUGCCGUCGAGUAAUAAAUUGAAUUCACAUAUGAAUGUCAAUAAUGUGUUGAUUCGCAACAAAUCGCCGCCUGAUCUCCAGUUAAGUCCCACCCGAACCUCCAGUUACGAGUCGGUGCCCUCCAGUCCCAACUCAUUCAACAAAGCACUUCUGCAACACUUCCAACUCAACACUGGAGUCGAUAACACGUCGGGACUCCAGCAGCCAAUGCUCACCAAUUACUUGAACUCUUUGUCCAAUCAUUGGAAAGUUGGCGACAAUUGUCUCAAUAAUUACGAUAUAUUUAAGCAUAACUUACAUCUGCCGCCACCUCCGGAGUACGAGCGCCAGUGGAAUAACUCGAGUCCCAACUCUGUGUCCACCUCUGCCUCCAACUCAACGACACCUGAAUCUAAAUCAGUGGAACGACUGCCCACUUGUCGAUCACAUCCAGACCUCUUGAAAUUCGACGACGAAAUUGCUAUUAAAGACUCGAAAUGUGAUGAAAUGAAUCCCAAAUACAAUAUGAUUGAUAUGUUGAGCGCUGAGAACGCGGCCCUCAAGACUGAGUUAGAUCUCUAUUACAAGAAAGUUCUUAAACUUCAAAAAAUCAGCGACUCCUUAGACGACGGAGAACUCAAAAAAGAAAUCGGAAAAAGAGAUGUUCUCAUCGCACAACUGCUCUCUCAAAACAAAGAACUUCUGAAUGAGAAAGAAAGACAAGAAAUUGAAUUACAGGCACAGAGAUUGACACUUCAGGAGCAGCGCAAUCAUAUCGACAUUUUGGACAAUGCAUUGAUGAGCACUCAGAACAAUGUCAUCAAAUUGGAGACUGAGUGUCGCAAAAAGCAGGCCUACGAGGAAAGGGCUACACAUUUGCAGAAAGCAUUGUCUAAUCUGCAGUUAGCCAGCGAUCGGAGGUUAACGAUGGAAAAGAGAGUUAGAACUCAUUUAGAGAAAGAGAUCGAAAGCUUGAAAAAACAGCAGCAGUCGGGCGGACAGAACGACGGACUCAACUCAGACUCAAAUGUCGAGGACAUGAAGAAAGUUAUUCGCGAUUACGAAGAAAAGAUCAUUUCAUUGGAAGCAGAGGUGACGAAAUGGGAACAAAGAUAUCUCGAAGAAAGCACUCUAAGGUCUAUCGAAGUGAGCGCUGCGUCGGUUCCGAAAGACGCCAAAAUCGCGUAUUUGACAUCACGUAUAGAGCGCACUUCACAGGAGAGUGAGAAACUGAUUGCUGAGUCACGCAGUGAACGGCUCCGACACAUGGAUGAGCUGCACGUCGCCAACAAGAAGAACGCGGAGUUCGAGGGACGCGUCAAAGACAUGGAGUCGAAACUGGCAGAGAAAGAGGCUAUGAUUAAAGUGUUGCGCCAACACUCCAGAGACAAAGACGUGGUGUUGCAGAAGACGGUGUUCGCUCAGAGGGCGCCCAACAGACACGGCCGCUCGGCCAGCACUAUGGGUCUCACCUCGAGCUCCGGUUCACACACUUCCUGUCAGUCCAGUAGCGGAAUGUCGACCAUUAGGACGACUAGAGAGGAGUUAACGCAUAGUAACAGUCAAUCAAAUGACACGAAUUCUCAGAGCGGAUCCAACGAUACGAACAAAUUGAAUCUCGAAGAACAACUCAAACAAUUGGAUUCUCGACUCACGAACAAAGACUCGAUUAUAAGAGCCCUUCGAUCAGAAAAGGAACGCUUUCCCAAUCAUUACAACAAUAAUUGGAGGCUUUAGUGAUUAGACAUAUGAACCAAAUUUAUCUAUUUAUAUACAAUAUGUG